GUUGUGUUAUAAGUCGAUGCUUCUCUUCCGCUCCUAGUAAACGUCCAUUUUGUUUCUCAGCUUCGUGUGAUUUAUGAGCUGGUUGUUUAUCCCUUUAUUCAUCGAAGCUUGAACAAUGGACGGAGCACCUGGUGGUAGAGGUGUAGGAUUUCGGGGCCGUGGAGGCCCUGGAGGAUUAAUGAGAGGACGUGGUGGUUUUGGUGACAGAGGAAGAGGUGGCCCUGGUCCUCGUGGUGGUGGAAUGAUACGAGGUGGACGAGGUCCUGGUCCGAGAGGUGGUCCACCUGGAAUGAGAGGCAGAGGUGGACCUCCUGGUCGAGGUGGACGAGGCGGUCACUUUCCUCCGGGACCACCAGAACCUGGAAUGUCUAGUGGACUUGGAGGUGGACCACCACCACUAGGAAUGGGUGGUCCUCCACGAGGUGGCGGCGGCAGAGGAGGUGGAAACAGCAACUUCCGCAGCAGAGGUAGAGGAGACUUCAGAGGAGAUAACCGCGGAGGUAACAGCAAUUUCCGUGGUCGCGGCGGUGGCAUGGACAGAGGCAGAGGAGGAUCCAGAGGAGGAUCAGGUAGAGGUGGACCGAGCCGUGGAGGCGGUUUUGGAGAUCGUGGUCUAAGGGGACCACUCGGUAGUGGCCGCGGCGGCCCAACAAAACGAGGAGGACCGCCCAGCUCCAGCGGACCCUCAAAAAGACCACGUUUUGAUCAGCCGUCUUCACAGCCGUCCAAUGGCUACGCCACUCAAUCUUCCAGUCAAGGUAAUUAUGGAGGCUCAAAUAGCGCUUACGGUGGACAGCAACAGCCGCAACAACAACAGUCAGUAGGAUAUGGCGGUGGUGGAUAUGGUUCACAACAGGGCUACACACAAUCCUAUCAAGGAUAUGAAAGUUAUCAGCAACCACCUGAUUACGCGCAAACGACGAGCGACCAGCGAUUAUUUCAUCCCUCUCGAUUCCAGGGGUAUCCUUCGGCACCACCGGACAACAGAUACGGCGGCUCAUCGUCAGUUCCUUCUGCAGGUGGGUUCAGCGCUAACGAUCCCUACAGUUACGGCAAAGCUCCGUCUUCCGCCAAUUACCAGGAGGCAGUGCCAGCGGCGGGGCCGGGUGGCGGGGGCGGUUAUGCCCCUGCUAACCCAUACGACGACCGUUCUAACGCCAACUUAGGCCACCGAGGUGGUUACUCGACACAACCUUACGAUUAUCCGAAUCAGGACAGUGUUUACGGGAAGCAGGACUACGGUGGCAGUGCUGGUUACCAAAACGCCCAGUCUCAGCGACGUUAUUAAAGAGAUACCCGACACAUUCAAUUAAAACAGUCCGCUCUGAUUAACCUCUUGUAUCUAAGUAGACAAUCUUUUCCAAACGAAAAAAACAAAAAAGGAAAAAAUAUAUAUAUAUCUAUACAUACACGGUCGAACCGUCUCCCAGCGCACGCGAAAGUUCGACGGACAGAGACAGUGCUCUCUCUCCUUUCGAGAUUGCGAAAAGAAAUCGAGAGAAGAGCGAUUGACAAUCGUAGAAUCUGAUGAAAGCAAAACCGAAUGUACCCUUCUUUUUUCUUUUUUUUAUUUUUUUAACGGAGAGCGAGAGAGUUUACCUUGAAUGAAGUCUGCGUAACAGCCUCACCAUAUUGAUCCAGUUGAUCGACUCGACUUGAUUGAAUGAUGGAUCGAUUGGAAAAGAUGCGAAUCGCGGCAUGUGUCUUCCGGUGAAUUUUUGAUCAGACGACCGUACAAAUUUUUUUUAUUUAUGCUUUUUAUAUUUUAUUGAUAUUGCAAAUGAUUUUAAAGAUUGAUUGUGUUCUGUCUGAGGAAAUAUCGCACCGUGUGUUUACUUGUAAAACCAAUAACCAGAAAAAUUGUGCGCGAUGUGCAGAGAAUUGUUCCGUUACACAAUUCUCUGCGGUGUCUUACGAUUCUACGGAGCUCGGAUUCGCAUUUUUUCCCGCUCGCUCUCCUUCGCUUUGCUUUCGAGAUUCUCCAUUAUUUCCGUUCGCCAUACAGACCUCGCGCGCGUGGAACGGAAGCCCAACCGUAUGCACGAUGCUUAAAAAAAAAAGAUUAACACUUAUAUGGAGAAUUUGUGCAUGUAUAUAUUUUCUUUUCUCUGCAGUUGAUCGAAAUGACAACGCGAGACUGUCUUCUCUGUUCCAAGACGAUCUCAUUUGCCGUUUUUCAAUCAACACUGCAGAGGAAAGAAAGUAUAUAAAUGUACGAAUUCUCCAUAUAAGUGUUAACAUUUUUUUUUAAACAUCCUGUAUAUCACAGGCACACACAUACGAUAUGUAGGGAAUACACAUUUUAUACUUGACAUUUAGCGAUAAUACACACACAUCCAUCCACACGUUACACAUCGCAUUAUCUCACUUAUCGUCGCCACGUUGCACGUGGAUGCACGGCGACCUAGGAUUAAGUUCAAACUCUGAUCGAGCGUGAAAUCUCGAGCAUGUUCUCUCCACGAUUUGUAGCGUAAUUUAAUAGUGACAGUAAUAAAUAUCAAUUAGAACAUACAGCAAUGACGAAAGAGCGUGGAUGACGGCUGACUAAGAAUGUGUAAGGGGCGGCGUCCUGUAUUUUGUAAAUAGAAAAUAAAUCCUUUGUGAAGGAAAGAGAAGGAGUCGCGGCGAACGCGUAUGUGGAUUUCAGAAUUUGUGUACUUCAUCCCCCAACGAGACUUAGAAAGAGGUUACUAGCAAAAGAUUUUACUUUGUACUCCGACAAUUUGCAACCAGUUUGAUCGCGAAAUUCAUCCAUUUUGCUUGAGUUAAAUAUUUAUUUACUUGAAUGAAAUCAAACUGAGAACACAAAGCUUUUUUUUGAGGAUAAAGUUACUGAAAAUUUUGUAAUUUAUUGUAAUUAUUGUUCAUUGAGAUCAUUUUAUAAUUUAUUGUAAUUCUUGUUGGCUAAAAUUACCAAUUUUAUAAUUUACUCUGUAACUCUGUGUAGUUUUAAUUAGUAAUCUAUAACAAUUAACUACGUCAACGCUGGCGUAGACAAUCGAUGGAAAGUUCUCACGAAUACUGCGUUUAGUCGAAGAAAAUGAAAAGAGAAACACUAGUAUGCAUUUAUCUGUUUAUUUAACAAUCGGCGACUAUGGAGUUUAGAUUUUUUCCUCGGCGGAGAGUAUUGCGUGCCGGCCGUGUAAGGGGAGAAAUGAGCGUAGGAUAACAAAUUCGAAUUUCAAUAGCGUCUAAUUCACCAUUUUAUAUUAAUUAACGCAAUUCGCUUGAUUAGUUUGUACUGUGUUCUGUUGUGUACGCCUUUUUACGAGUGACUCUAGAGAUAGUGUAUUGUCACUUCCGGUAUCCUAUUGUAACCGACCGCUCGAUUUAAGACGAGACGAAACGUCGAAGAGAGAAAGAAAAAAAAAUAUGAAAGAUCACAAAGCA